UUUUUGUUCAACCCCUUGAAUUGAAGCUUAAAGUCUGCACUUCAAUUGCAUUUAGGUUGUUUCAUUUCAAAUCGUUAUGGUGGCAUUCAGAGACAAAUUUAUGAAAAUUGUGUCCGUGUCACAAUUUUCAUGAAUUGUUUCCUGACCUAACUGUAUGUUUCAGCAGGAUAAGGGGAAGUCAAAGGCUGCACCUGGUGGUAUGUGUCAGAAAGAGAGAUCAUGCAAGACUUCAGCAGAGCUUUUCAUAUUAUUUAUCACAAGUUGGAGUUGAAAUAAGAAAAAGUACUAUGGCUUUACAUCUCCUGAACAGAGCUUCAUUAAUAGACGCCUCUCUAGUCCAAACCCAGUGGAGGGAGGUGUACAACUGGGAAGUCUCACUAGUCCAAACCCAGUGGAGGGAGGUGUACAACUGGGAAGUCUCACUAGUCCAAACCCAGUGGAGGGAGGUGUACAACUGGGAAGUCUCUCUAGUCCAAACCCAGUGGAAGGAGGUGUACAACUGGGAAGUCGCUCUAGUCCAAACCCAGUGGAGGGAGGUGUACAACUGGGAAGUCUCACUAGUCCAAACCCAGUGGAAGGAGGUGUACAACUGGGAAGUCGCUCUAGUCCAAACCCAGUGGAGGGAGGUGUACAACUGGGAAGUCUCUCUAGUCCAAACCCAGUGGAGGGAGGUGUACAACUGGGAAGUCUCACUAGUCCAAACCCAGUGGAGGGAGGUGUACAACUGGGAAGUCUCACUAGUCCAAACCCAGUGGAAGGAGGUGUACAACUGGGAAGUCGCUCUAGUCCAAACCCAGUGGAGGGAGGUGUACUAUAGGGAAGUCUCACUAGUCCAAACCCAGUGGAGGGAGGUGUACAACUGGGAAGUCUCUCUAGUCCAAACCCAGUGGAAGGAGGUGUACAACUGGGAAGUCGCUCUAGUCCAAACCCAGUGGAGGGAGGUGUACAACUGGGAAGUCUCUCAAGUCCAAACCCAGUGGAGGGAGGUGUACAACUGGGAAGUCUCUCUAGUCCAAACCCAGUGGAGGGAGGUGUACAACUGGGAAGUCUCUCUAGUCCAAACCCAGUGGAGGGAGGUGUACAACUGGGAAGUCUCACUAGUCCAAACCCAGUGGAGGGAGGUGUACAACUGGGAAGUCUCACUAGUCCAAACCCAGUGGAGGGAGGUGUACAACUGGGAAGUCUCUCUAGUCCAAACCCAGUGGAAGGAGGUGUACAACUGGGAAGUCGCUCUAGUCCAAACCCAGUGGAGGGAGGUGUACAACUGGGAAGUCUCACUAGUCCAAACCCAGUGGAGGGAGGUGUACUAUAGGGAAGCUGACUGGGGGCUUUGUGUUUCUCAAACAUGAAUAUAAACUGCAUUUCAUUGAUCUUGAAUGAAUCCUGUGUGUACAAUGACCUAAGAUUUACUCAAGAUUUAAAAUAAAUACUGUGUAAUACAUUAUGGGACCUGCUUCCCAUUGAAGACAGGAGGGCAGAGUCAUGCACAUUUUCAGAAACCCCACAUUUUAAAGAGCAUCUAAAAUAAAUCACAAUUCCAACACAGAAUAUCAAAAGCUUUUGUCGAGGGCUUUGAUAACAAAGAACUAGUUAGCAUUGAUUGAUCAAUGCAACUCACUGACUUUAAAAAUAGAAACAACUCCUUUCGGUUCAAAUAUCAGCAAAUUCAAAAUGUGCAAUGAAUCAUGAUUAACUAUAGAAUUUUACAGAUGAAAAACAGUUUAUAUUUUUUUCUCAUUUGAC